ACUGGAAAAAGUGUGCGCUUUAGAGCCGCUCCCUAUAUUUUUUUCAUUUAACGUGCUCUCGAUUCAUGUGACGUUUCACGGCAUAAAAUAUUAAAACUUAGGAAAAAACUGACUCAUUUUGUCCACCACGAGAUUCGAUUUUCAUUUUUUUUGUAAAUUAAAAUUAAAAUUCAAUAGUGAUUUAAGCGAAACAAAAAACAAUGAACAUUUCAUUGAGUUUGUAUUGAAUAUUUCGUCGAGGUAUACGUACGAAACGCUUCGCCGAAUAGGUUGUAAUUUAUCUAUGCCCAAAUCGAAUAAUUGGCGAUAAUCAGAUGAAGCGAACAGCAUGCGAGGAGCGUGGAUGCAACCCGAAUUAAGAAAAAAUCAGAGCAAAUUUAGUGUUGUAAUAAGCAUUGACAUAAACAACGUAGACUGGACACAGAAACACGUAUUAUACCAUUUAAACGCAGUGUAUCUCAAGGAAUAUGGGUGCCUAACCGGAACAAUUAAGCCGAAACGAUCAAGCAAAUCGUGGUUGUUGCUUUUAAACCGCAUCGAUUUAAACGCAUUUAAAGCAUCAAAAAUACUACGAUCAACUGGUCCAAAGCACACGUUAGCUGUCUCCAUACAACAGUCACAGCUCAAGCACUGCCAAUCGAAUAGCCGCAUUUCCGUAUCAUGCCGUUGUUCAUCCGAUAUUCAUACAACAUGUGCAAUCGUAUUGGACGGUGGUGGUUUCGGCAAUAUUGAUGUGAAUGUUAUCGCUGUUGUUAUUGUAAACGCAAUGCAUUCGAGCAAUUCACCCGUAUUGACCGAUAUCGAUUAUUAUGAUUACGAAAAAUUUCAAUAUGCUCAAUCUUCGAGACACUUCAUGAAUGUUGUAAACGAACAUUGUCGAAACGUUGAAGGGCGCAAGUGGUUUCAAAUUUGGCUACUGUAUUACUACAACAAAACAAAGACUAGACUUUUUUUCAAAUCAUCGGAUUGUUUGUACCGAAUUGUUGCUGGCACCGCCACCGUCGCCGCCGCUACUGAAAUAACGGAAUCGUCCGACAUUCAGAAUGUGUUGGUGUCAUCACCUUCGCUGUCUUCAUUAUCAAUUCAAGCAAUUUGUAACGUGUUGAAAAUGAAACUCAAUAUUGCCUGUGUAACUGCAGCCAAUGACAACGACGACAUUGAUAUGUUACUUUUAUAUGAUUCAAUGUCUCAUUUAAAUAGCAGCUGCAUCAUGAGGUGCAACAAAGAGAUUUUGCGCAACAAAUGCGCUCCGUUCAAUAAUAAUAAUAAUCAAAUUAAGCAAUGUGCACGCAGUGGCCAAAUAAAUGUAGAUGCAACACUCUUGCAUUUCGUACAGUCUCAAUUGAUGAAUCAAGCUCAAACUGGAAGUGCACCAUACACUGAAACUAAAACGAAAACGACAUUUGCUCAACAUAUGAAUAGACAAUUAUUACCACUGCCACCACCAACAACACCAAGCUCAAUUUCACAAAUACCAAUAACAACAACAACAACAACAACAACCGAAUCGUCUAUGUCGCCGCUGUCUCUAAGUUCAUGCGAUUCUGUAGCUACGCGAUACUCAUCGAAUCAACCCGUUAUAAAUCAAACAAAAACUAAUAAUAAUUAUAAUAAUAUUAACAAGGACAAACACAACAACAAAACAAAUAACAAUAAGAACGAUACGCGAGAUGGCGAUUUGGGAAAGAGCGCCGGACGAUCCAACAUACGCGAACGUCUUACGCGAAAACGCUUCCAGUCGGAAACUGGUUUCGCACCUCUAACUUCGCUAUCCAUCGAUUUAAGAAAGAUGUUUAUCACUUUUCUGCUUCCAUUAAUACUACUCUGCAAAAUGCUACCGAUGUCCUGUGCCGAGUGUGACCAAACCUUUGUGUCUCGUCCUGGUGGCUCAAGCAAUGGUACAUUUGCUGCUCCUGUAAUUAACAAUGUAUCGAAUCAUUCGCGGCAAUGUUUGUACAUAUUUUUGGCUGGGCCUGGCCAACGAGUCGAAAUCGUUUUUACAUCAUUUAAUUUGCGCGGAUCACCACCAGAUGGAGCGGCAGUCGGUGAAAUCCCAUCUUGCGGAUCUGAAUAUAUGGAUAUUUACUCGGAAGUACAAUCCUCUGAUCCAGCUGAUUUGAUCAAUUCACCGUUUGGCGGACGAUAUUGCGGUCCAAAUCUACCACGACGGCGCAUAUCAUUAUAUCGAGCUAUCGCUUUAUCGUUUUUCACUGGCAAGAACGCAACGACCACUGAAUUGUUUACGGGUCGAUAUUCAUUUAUAAAUGCUGCAAUUUUCGAAAUCGGAACGCCAAUAACUGGGUCACCCUGUUCAUUCACAAUCACACCGCACAAAAACAAAUCCGACAUUUUUAUUUCACCAACGUAUCCGGGAACUUAUCCCAAAGAUUUGUCUUGCACGUAUCAUUUUAUCGGCGAAUCGAAUCAACGUGUCCGUCUCGAGUUUCGGGAUUUCGAUUUGUUCUUUGGAGGACCUCAUUGCCCAUUCGAUUUCGUAAAAGUGUAUGAUGGUCCCGAUAAUUCGUCUGAGUUGAUUGGUACAUAUUGUGGUCAACAAAGAAAUUUAGUAUUAUACUCGAGUGAGUCAAGUUUGUUAGUGCAUUUUUUUACAUUACGCCGAACAGCGUCAACACAAAACCGUGGUUUUAAAGGAAUUUAUGAAUUUAGUGAAAGUUUCGUUAAAUUAGACUUUAUACGUUUAAAUAAUGGCAUGCAUAUUCGUGGUUCCGAAUGCGAUCAAAAAAUUUUAUCAAAGAGAGAAUCAACGGGAUUAGUUUAUUCGCCAAACUACCCAUUUCCAUAUUUACCAAAAACGGUUUGCAGGUAUUUUAUUUACGGUCUACAAGAUGCACAACACUUGGAACGAGUACGCUUAGAAUUUCAAAUGUUUGAAAUUCAAAAAGGAGAACAUAAGGAUAAGGAUAAAGAAUCGAACUGUACAGAUGGCUACUUAAAGAUAUUUUUGAAGGGUCAAGAAACACAAGAUGCCUACGAUAAAUUUGAUUAUGAAUUAUGUGGCCACGAUAUUCCUCACUAUGUGGUCAGCGAUGGGCCUAGAUUGGCAAUGGUAUUCAGUUCGGGUGAAUUGCAAGCUAGAGGCUUUAAGGCAAAGUAUACGUUUGAAACGGAAUACAAAAUACCAGGCACCGCAGCGCCAGAUGGAUCUUGUGCAUUCACAUACAAGAGUACAUCACGUAAGAAAGGCGAAUUCAACAGUCCAAGGUUUCCUUCAAAAUAUAUAUCAGAUACAAACUGUACAUACAAAUUCUUGGCAACACCAAACGAACAAGUCACCAUUGUAUUCGAUCACUUCAAAGUCAAAGCAGAUAAUGCAAAUGUGACUGGCGGUGCUUAUGGUACAACUGCUUGUUCGGAGGAUUGGUUGGAGAUUUAUGUAUUAUUUCGCGAUGGCAAUGAUCGUUUCCUCGGUCGCUAUUGCGGCAAUACUGCGCCCGGGCCAGUUGAAAGCCCACGCGGUGCAACUGGAGUCCGUAUACAUCUUCACACCGAUGCUGAAAAUGUGUCAAGUGGUUUCAAGGGUCGUUACGUAUUUGAAGUAGCCAAAUCUGUAACGGGCGAUUGUGGUGGAAAUUAUUCAGGCCAAGAAUCGGGUAUAAUAACCUCGCCAAACUAUCCAGCCAAGUAUGAUGGGCCGGGAAAGGGUCUUGCUUCAAGAGCAUGCAAUUGGUACAUCAACAGUCGAUAUGGUUUCCGUGUAUCCAUAAGCAUCGAAUUUUUCUCGGUCGAAGGAGAUCCACCAUCUCGAGGUUGUCCGGCAGCAGCACUGCGAAUCUGGACAACACCUGACCAACAAGACAUAGCGCCCAUUGAAUUGUGCGGUGACAAAGCGUCCAGUGAAGUGUGGCAUUACAUUUCCAGCGGCCAAAGUGCACGUUUAGCUUUUAUAACAACUGACAAAACAAUUGGCGCACAGGGCUUUCGAAUCGUUUGGACCGAAGUUCAAGAUAGCAUACAACUGAGUGGGCCUCCUUCAAGUAUCGUACAUCACUGUGAGCCAACCUAUCUAUUCCAUUGCGCGGUAUCGAGCUAUUGCAUUUCCAACAAACUUCACUGUGAUGGCAUCAAGAACUGUGGGCCCGGUGACGAUUCGGAUGAAAUGAACUGUGGGGGGGAAGUGAGAAAGGACGAAUCCGAAAUCCUUAUAAUAUCAAGCCUGGCCGCGUGCUCCUUCCUAAUUUGUCUCGUAUGUACAAUUUAUCAUCGGAGAAAAAAGCGCAAGCAUCAUCAUCGCCAACUGGGCUUGCAUAGAAGUGGUGGUCAUUACGAUUCAACAACUAGUGCUACAGGUUUAGGUUCAAGUAGACGUCAUUUGCAAAGUGGAAACAGUUUAUCGGGUAGUUUACAUUAUGGCAUCAACAGUGAUGACGACAUUAUAAUACCACAGCCACCACUACCACCAACGAGUGUGCCGCCGCAUUUGAAUCAUCUAAUAAUCAAUUGUACCGAAGAUGACAUCGAUCAAGACAUGGACGACGACGACGACGAUGACGAAGAAGACAUUGAUUUGGAGCAGCCAACAACACUUCAUCAGCAUCAUCAGCAUCAUCAGCAUCAUGCGGUUCUUUGAGACGAAACUGUAGCCCCGAAAUUCAAUCUCGCUGAAAGUGUGAAAAUAAUUGAACAGUCUGGUUCGGAGUUUUUCGCAUAAACCGAUUCAGACCCCAAAAAUAAUACAAACAAUUAGAGACAAAACAAAAACAAACCAAAUACAAUAAGUUGUAUUUUUUUUUUCGUCAAAUCGUGAGAAUUAUUUAGAAGCUAAGAAAUUACUACCAUAUAG